AUGAGUCGGUCCAACAGCGUUAUCUCGAAAGAUGCCGAUGUCUGUGAUCCAGAGACGCAGCCUCUUUUAGCGGGUAACGCGAAAUUUCGAAGCCUAGGAUGGAAGCGUCUUACCAUUAUCGCGAUCGUUGAGGCGAUCGCGCUAGGCAGUCUCGGGUUACCGUCUGCCUUUGCGGCGCUGGGUAUGGUCACAGGUAUCAUUCUGACCGUGGGUAUUGGCUUGCUUGCGAUGUACGCAGGAUACAUUAUUGGCCAGGUUAAGCUUAUGUACCCCGAGGUCGCGCAUUACGCAGAUGUCGGUUCCCUUAUUAUGGGUCGGUGGGGAUCGAGGAUAUUUGUUGGCAGCUUUGUUGCUCUGCUUGUGUUCGUUAUUGGGUCACAUGCUUUGACUGGUGCCAUUGCAUUCAAAACAAUCACGCAGAGUGAUUCAUGCUCGGUCAUUUUUAGCAUUCUUUCUGCUGUUAUCUUGAUGCUUCUUGCUAUUCCGCCUUCUUUUGCGGAGAUUGCCAUUCUGGGAUACAUUGAUUUCGCCUCAAUUGUUUUGGCUAUCGGUGUCACUAUGAUUGCUACUGGGAUUCAGAACGAUGGUUCUUCGGAUUGGUCUGCGUGGCCUAAGCCGGGUAUCUCUUUCACUUCGGCGAUUGUGGCUACGAACAAUAUUGUGUUCGCGUAUUCCUUUGCUGGUUGUCUGCCCUCUUUCAUGGAUGACAUGCAUACCCCCGAAGACUACACCAAAGCUAUGUGGUGGCUGGGUGGAGUUCAGAUUUUCAUCUACACUUUCACGGGGUCGAUCAUUUAUGCCUUUGUGGGACAGAGUGUGCAAUCGCCAGCUUUGCUAUCAGCAGGGCCUCUCCUUUCAAGGAUUGUUUUUGGCCUGGCCCUUCCAGUCAUCUUCAUUUCGGGAUCUAUCAACCUCACUGUGGCCAGUCGAUACAUCCAUGGAAAAUUGUAUCAGAAAUCCAUUGCCCGCUUCAUCAAUACGCCGGAGGGCUGGGUCACCUGGCUUGGCCUCGUCUUCGUUAUAACAGUGAUAGCAUGGAUCAUUGCCGAGGCUAUCCCCAUUUUCUCAGCAUUGUUAUCUAUCAUGUCGUCUCUGUUUGUUUCUGGUCUAGCUUUCUAUUUCCCACCGGUUAUGUGGUAUAUGCUCCUGAGGGAAGGCGCAUGGUACGAAAAACAUAACUUGAAGGCUGCUAUCUGCAAUGGUGUGGUGUUUGUGGUUGGCAUGGUUAUCUUCGUCUGCGGUACAUACGCGAGUAUCGCUGAUUUGGUUCAUGAAUUCCAAUCAGGGUCGGUCGGCAAGCCUUUCACCUGCUCGGCCUAG